AGAAAACAAGCCCAGAGGAGCUCAAAUUCAAGAUCCAUUAAAGAUAUCGGGUCACACCCAAACCCGAAUAAGGCGGUAAUCGGAUAUAACCAAGCCCAUCUAACACCUGUGUCCCGAAUCCCGACUCCGGAGUGGAGUCCCAAGUACAGCUUCAGCCAUCAGAGGAACAGUUUCUUAAGCGAUAUAAUCGAUGUCGACACACACAACUCUAAUAGAGACAACCCAGUAAGACAAACAAAGUACGGUUCCACCAUGAGUAGGGUUUCAGUUUCCCCAUCUUUCAGCUUCUCUUCUCUUCAAUCCAAGAACCAUUCUACCAGUUUUACUCGUGGAUUUUGCUCAGUUAAUCCCAGACUCUCGUCUUUACCAGAUACGAAUCUCAAGAAACAAUUGGGUCUUCGAUUUUGGACUCCGACGAGAACCCCUCAUGGAAUCAGCGUUCGAUGCAAUAGCAGCACCAGACCCGGCGGACCUGGUUCCGGUGAUAAUGAGAGCAGGAAUGUUCUGGAUGCAUUUUUCGUUGGAAAGGCUCUAGCAGAAGCGCUUAGUGAGCGUAUUGAGUCUACAGUUGGGGAUUUUUUGAAUAUAGUGGGAAGGCUGCAAGCUGAGCAACAGAGGCAAAUACAGGACUUCCAGGUUGAUGUGUUGGAGAGGGCCAGAAGAGCCAAGGAAAAUGCAGCACGUGAGGCCAUAGAGGCACAAGGACUAGUUUCAAAUGCUACUAGAGUUGAUCCAAAAUCAGCUACAAAUGGCAUGAACUCAAAGACUUCAUCUUCAAGCAUUAAUAGUGUCACUCCUGCAAAUCCACCCUCACCAAAUUCAACUGUUGUCCCAACUGCUGAGAGGGGUCGAGAUCCUGCUGCAGAGGGCCCUGCUUCUGGGGGCUGAAUUUGCAUCUUCAUACCCUGCAUAUCCUAUACAUAAAUAUUAUGGCAUGUGAAAGUUGGAGGCUGUUACUUCAAUCUAAGCAAAAAGGUUGCUCGUUGGAUGAUAAUAUCUUAUUAAUUGUGAUGGCUUUCAGGUGGUCUACAAAAUAACAUACAAUAGGAGGUGAGAAAUGAAUACCUGGUGGAGUUGGUAUUUUGUUAUUUUGUCAAAUUUUCAAUGUUGACGAAUCGUUUCUGGAAAUAGACAUUUGACAAACUCAAGAUAUUCUUCAAAUUUAUGAAAUUUAUAUUCUAACGGCAA